AUGAUAUUUCAUCCGGAAAGUUUUCUGACCUGUCGGCAGGAUGUUUCUUCUAAAUUUCAAGAACCAACAAUUGAAACCACAUCGGUGGCAAUUACAUCAUGUUCACAUAAUAUUUGUAUUAUUAUUCCAACUACCCCUAAAGUUAUUAAAAAAACUCAAGACCAGACAGUUCACACUACAUAUUGUCUAUUAACCACUACGCAGAAUGAAACAGUUUCUACUACCACUACCACUACUUAUAAUGGAGCUGAUAUUAUUCAGUCAAGUUUAAUUACUAACGGUGUUAUCAGUGACGAUUCUCAUGAUAAUGUUGGUCGAAUACUUUCGGAUGAUUUAUUUACUGUCACUUCAGCAGCAGCUAUGCCAUCUGAAAUCCAGAAAGUUUCAUCCAGUGGGCAUGAAAGUUUUCUUGUCCAUGACGGAUUGACACCUAAUAUUCUCAGCUUUCAAGCCACUUCAGCUGAAGACUUAACGAGACCUCAUCUAAUAUUAUUUACGCUGUUCCUUCAACAAAUAAGUAUACAGGUUCUGGGACAAUUUAUAAACCUUGGUACAUAUCAUGCGUUUUCUCUUUAA